AUGACUUCAGUGGGCCAAAAAGACCGUUCCAACGUCUUCGGCCGCGAGGCCCCAUCCAGGAAUCUCCGUUUGCCAAAGAAUGAGGUUAUCACCGUUGCCGAAUUCUUCACCUACUUUCCGAACAGCACCCGCAACUACAAUUUCCUUCGGCGUUUUGUCCCCGCCGGUAUUGACCAGAGGACGAUCGCGAAUAUCGUCAACCUCCACCGCAAGUGGGAGAAGUGGCCAGCCGAGAUCAAUUCCGUCUGUAAGCUUCUCUCCAAGGAGUUCCAGGAGAACUUUGACAAGAACUGGAGCAUCCGCAAGCACAACGACGAGAACUUGACGUACGGUCUUGCUUGGGGCGCCCAAGACCUCACGCUCAAGGACGUGCUCCUUGCCUGCGAAGUCUACCCCAAGAUAAAUGCGGCCGGCAAGAUCACGAAUCCGCCUAUGGACAACAUUCCCUUUGCCGACCUCGCCAUCAACGUCGUCCGCCACCCAUCGUACGCCACCGGAGACGGUUUCAUGCUGACACGCUGUGUCCAGUAUGCGGAAGCUCAAACGGAGAAGGGCUACAUGUUCCCUCGCGAUUUCACCAAGCUGGUGCGGAAGCUGCAGGACGGCCGGGUUCUCCAAGCCAAGCACUACGACAAUGCCUUGAUCCUUCGCUGGAAGAACAAGGGGGCCUGGGUGGCUGGCGAACUUCGUCAUAUUGAGGCUUUUCCGGUCGCCGAAGAUUCUAACGACGAGGAUAUUCAGGAGUCUCUGGCUUCUGACAUGAUUGCAGCAACUACCUCUCGUCCUGUCGGGUUUGCGUCUAGCUUCGGCGCUGGCGGCUUUCAAGUCCAGGGCUUCGCUGCGGGCUUCGCUGCUCACCCACCCUUCCCGAGCCACAUUGCUCACACACCCUUCCAGGGCCACAUUACUCACACACCCUUCCAGGGCCACAUUACUCACACACCCUUCCAGGGCUACACUCCUCACCCACCAUACCAGGGCUUCAGUGGACACCUGCCAUAUCAGGACCUUGCCAGAAACUCGCCCUUCUUGCACGACCAGGGUCAUGGCUUCAUACCUCAAGCAGCGAACCCGUUCCAGCUGUCGCUCCAACAGGAUCAGAGCCAUUCGUUCUCCCAGAACGGCUUCCGGCAGCCCACUCACCCCCAGAACAACAGCGAUUUGGUGACAUCUACCGGGCAGAGCUAUCCAAUGGUGCACCAGAACGCUCCUGGUUUGCCUGUCUAUAUGCGGCUCGAUCAGGCUGUUUUGAGAUUUCCCACUGACGGGUCUUUCGACUACACCCUGUUCGAUGAUAGCAGCGAGACGCUCAAUGACCAGGCAAGCGGUGAUUGGUGGCUGCUUUGA